AUGCAAUAGAAAAAGAGUCCAAAGUUUUUAAACAAGCUUUUUGAUUUACUUGAAGUAUAUUAUUAAUUUCUAUGGUUUAGUCUGAGUAAUAUAGAUUCUUGAGAUGGAGUGAUGAUGGUAAAUCUUUUGAGGUAUCUGAUAUUAAGAAGUUGGAGAAAUAAAUACUUAAGGUAUUUUAUAAAUAGAAAUCCUUUGCAAGUUUUAUUAGGUUAGUAUAAUUUAUUAUUUGUGAUAGGCAAUUAAAUUUAUAUGGUUUUAAGAGAUCAAAGAUUAAAAGAAACAUAAAUUUAUUUGCUCAUCGAUAUUUUAUUCAAGGAGAUAAGUAUGAAUACCUAUAAUGAAGUAGAAAAUAGUUGAUAAAUAUCAUUAGUUAAAAUAAAUUGAAGGUUUUAGAAGAACUUAGCAAUUAGGAUAAUAAUCUGAAACACUAAAUUUAUGAGGCAGAGCAUCAGUAAUUGACUGAAACCUUGAAAGAUCUCUAAAUUUAGUAAAAAUAAAUUCAAAUGAAAUUUAAUGAGCAAAUUCAUUUAUAGAUGUAACUAAAACUUCGAAUUAUUUAAAUGAUGAAUGUAAUUUAAUGAUUUUAAUGAAUAGCAAAUUAAUACUCAUGAUAUAACUAUAAAUAUCAAGGCAUAGCAUUCUUAUUAAUUAUUAUGUAAAGUGAUGUAAUUGAUACCAAAUAAUGAAUAACAUAAAGAAGAGUUAGCAAUAAUUCGAAGUAUUUGUAAGGUGUUUAAUGAAUUUCAUUUGGAAUCAAUAUCAUCAUAUUUAGGAAGUCCAAAUGAUAGAUUAACCCCUUUACCAUUCUAUUUACAAGAUUCAAGUGUAUCUUUAGAAUUUGGUAACAAAUUAGGUUAAAACUAAUUUUAUGAAUUGUUGCAAAAUUAGGCAACUAAAAUAUUUCAACCAUCUUAAGUAAAACAAUAAUUCAUGAUUUGA